AUGUCGUCGAUUAUUAGUAUCGCUUCGAAUAGGGCCAGCACCCAAUAUCAAGGCUACAUGUUUGCAUAUUUUACGGGAAAUACACUUGAGGGCGAGAAGAUAUACUUCGCGGCCAGCAAUGGCAACAAUGCUUUAGACUGGAGCGAGCUGAACGGUGGUCAGCCUGUCCUUGCAUCGACCAAGGGCACAAAAGGCCUGAGAGACCCGUUCAUCAUCCGUUCACCUGAUGGAGGAACCUUCUAUCUCCUCGCUACGGAUCUAUCGAUUGGCUCUGGCACAUCAUGGGGAGAGUCUGUCCGCACGGGUAGUCGAUAUCUCGAAGUAUGGGAAAGCCACGAUCUUGUAAAUUGGUCCGAGCAGCGACAUGUACUUGUGUCUCCCGAGACUGCUGGCAAUACGUGGGCUCCUGAAGCAUACUACGACACCGACCUUUCUAAAUAUGUGGUGUACUGGGCGAGCUCUUUAUAUAACGAGUCAGACACCAACCAUACAGGGACCACUUAUCACCGAAUGCUAUAUGCAACCACACAGGAUUUCGUGACUUUCAGCGAACCACAGAUCUGGCAGGAUGCUGGUACUUCUCGAAUUGACGCAACAGUGCUCAAGUCUGGCGACACAUACUACCGUUUCACUAAGGACGAAGGCGCUGCGACGGGAUGUACUGACAUUAUCCAAGAGAAGUCCACCGACUUGCUCGCGCAACUGAGCGGCUGGCAAAUGGUAGCUUCCUGCAUUGGCAAGAAUGCAGGCACAAAAGCCAUUGAGGGACCUACGGCUUUCCGAGCUAAUGCUGGGGAUGUGAAUGGCGACAAGUUCUAUCUUUUCGUCGAUGAAUAUGGCGACCGUGGCUACAUCCCUCUCGAGACUGCAGACAUAGCCAAGCCUAGCUGGAAAGUUUCAGCUUCUUAUAAGCUGCCUACAAGCCCACGUCACGGCACUGUCCUGCCUGUCACCGCCACCGAGCUCCAGCGCUUGACUUCCCAUACUCUGAAGAAGCGAGAAGAUGCUUUGAUUCCGGGUCUCUACGCUGACCCAAACAUGGCCAUCUUCAACUGUGAGUACUAUAUCUACCCGACCACGGACGGCUUCGCUGGAUGGGGAGGUCAACAAUUCUUUGUCUGGAAAUCUUCCAACCUUGUGGACUGGCAGAGGUCAAAGGAACCAAUCCUCACGCUCAACGGCACCGCUGGCAAUGUUCCGUGGGCUACUGGUAAUGCAUGGGCGCCUACAAUCAUCGAGAGACACGGCAAAUACUACUUUUACUUUUCCGGUCAGAACCCGAAGUACGACCGUAAGACGAUAGGUGUUGCGAUCGCAGAUUCUCCUGACGGUCCAUUCACUGCUCAACCUGAAGCCAUGAUUCUGAAUAACGAAGCAGUCACCUCCGGCCAAGCAAUCGAUUCUGCCACAUUUUUCGAUCCAAAGACCAGAAAGUAUUACCUCUAUUGGGGCAAUGGAAAUGCCGUCAUGGCCGAGCUUGCCGAUGACAUGAUCUCGCUCAAAAAAGACACUCUUCAAAACAAUACAGGUCUGACGGACUUUCGAGAGGGUAGCUUCGUUGUCUACCGCGAGCCUUAUUACCAUUUUACGUACUCAAUCGAUGAUACCGGCAGUGCGAACUAUAGCGUAGGCUACGCUACUGGUCCAUCGGCAACAGGACCUUGGACGUAUCGCGGAGUUAUCUUGCAGAAGGACCCAUCGCAGGGCAUCCUCGCUACGGGUCACAAUUCCAUUGUUCAGGUCCCAGGCACGGAUGACUGGUAUAUCGCUUACCAUCGUUUCCACAUUCCAGAUGGGAAUGGCACGCACCGCGAGACAACAAUUGACAGGCUGUAUUUCGACGCAGAUGGAUUGAUCAAGACUGUGAAGCCAACGCUGAACGGUCCAGGUCCGGAAACCAUUCACAUUUGCGGUGAUUAUCACUGA